AGCAAGCUUGGGAUGAUGGAACUCCAGACUCUAGUAGACCCCUGAUAUCUGUAGAUAUCCUAACAUCCAACCAAAUCUAUUCACCAUUCACUGUCUGCAUUACCAACGUUAAAGGUGACUUAUCUCUUCUACUAUCUGUCAUCGAUCUCUUAUCUCUCAUAUCUACCUAUCUCCCGCCGCGCCCACCAUAUUGUGUUUCCCCUGAGCAACAUGAGAUGUCCGUGAUGCUAGUGGCGUCUUCAUCGUACUCGAGACCAUCUUGACCUUCUCCUUUUUUUCCACCUCAAAAAAUCGUAAGCCAUAGUCCAAACUACACAGUCCUGGCCGAUGAUGGCGUCCCUACCCCCACCCCCGCCGCCGCCCUCCUUCCACACCUCCCUCCUCACGGCGACCGACUGCCGCGGCCACGUGCACCUUAUACUCGGCUCGAGCCCGCUCGCCGCCGCCCGGGCGAACCAGUCCCUCUCCGCGGGCGCGACGCCCGUCCUGAUCGCCCCGCGGACCUCCACCCCGCUGCACCACGGCGUGCAGCGCCACGUCGACUCGGGCGCCCUCCGCUGGCUGCGUCGCGACUUCGACGACGCCGACCUGCGCACCCUGGGCCGGGACGCGACCGACGGCUUCGUUGACGCCGUCUUCGUCACCGGGACGGGCGCCGAGGAGGCCGCCCGCAUAUCGGGCCUCUGCCGGCGCCUCCGCGUCCCCGUCAACGUCGCCGACAGCCCCGCCCUGUGCUCCUUCUCCCUCCUGAGCACCCACUCCGACGGCCCCUUGCAGGUGGGCGUCACCACCAACGGGAGGGGCUGCAAGCUCGCCGGCCGCAUCCGCAGGGAGGUCGCGGCCUCGCUGCCGCCGGGGCUGGGCGCCGCCUGCGCGCGCCUCGGGGACGCGAGGCGGCGCGUGCAGGAGGAGGACCGGGCCGCUGCUGCCGUUGCUGCAGCUACCGCUACUGAGAAGGCCGAGCGGGCGGCUAGGGGUGACCUCGACGACUCGGUCGACCAGACGGCGGCGUUCAACCGGCUCGUGGCGGCGGGCUCGGACUACAAGGCCGCCAAGAACCGCCGGAUGCGCUGGCUGGCGCAGGUGUGCGAGUACUGGCCGCUCAAGCGCCUGGCGGCCGUCACCGACGCCGACGUCGACGCCCUGCUCGAGUCAUACCCGGGCGGCAUCAGCACCACCGCCGCCGCCGCCGACCAACCCCCUUCUCCGUCACCGUCUCCCCGCCUAGGCCGCAUCAUCCUCGCUGGCAGCGGACCAGGCCACCCGGACCUCCUGACGCGGGCGACGCACAAGGCGAUCCAGGCGGCGGACCUGGUGCUGGCGGACAAGCUCGUGCCGGCGGGCGUGCUGGAGCUGGUGCCGCGGCGCACGCCCGUGCGGAUCGCGCGCAAGUUCCCGGGCAACGCGGAGCGGGCGCAGGAGGAGCUGCUGGGCCAGGCGCUCGAGGGCGUGCUGGCGGGGCGGACGGUGCUGCGGCUCAAGCAAGGGGACCCGUUCGUGUACGGGCGCGGCGGCGAGGAGGUGGACUUCUUCCGCCGCCGGGGGCUCGGCGCGCGCGUCGUGGUGCUGCCGGGCGUCACGAGCGCGCUCAGCGCGCCGCUCUUCGCGGGCGUGCCGCCUACGCAGAGGGGGGUCGCUGACCAGGUGCUGGUUUGCACUGGUACCGGGAGGCAGGGGAGGGCGCCUGAGCCGCCGGAGUUUGUGCCUAGUAGGACGGUUGUGUUCUUGAUGGCGCUGCAUCGCAUUGUUGGGUUGGUGAGGGAGCUGACGACGCAUGUGGAGAUUGAGAGCGAGGGUGAGGUGUCUGGGCGGAAGGAAGAGGCGGCUGGAAUAGACGGUCCGGCUUCUCGCCGGUUAUGGCCUCUCGAUACGCCGUGCGCGGUCAUCGAGCGGGCGAGCUGUCCUGACCAGAGGGUUAUCCGGACGACGCUGAGGUUCGUGGCGGAGGCGAUCGAGCAGGAAGGGAGCCGUCCGCCCGGGCUGUUGGUUGUGGGCGGGGCAUGCGAGGCGUUGUAUACUCCCGAGAAGGGCCGGUCGUGGACUGUCGAGGAUGGGUUUGAAGGAUUGGGUCUGGACGAUGCCUUCGUUCCUGGAAUUGCCGAGUUGGCGUGAGAUGGGUAUAAAGUAUGGAUGUGUUUAGAGUGUGUCUAUGUUACAAAUGAUGCGAAUCAUGAAUAGGACGUAUAUAUGCAUAUAUAUGAUAGCCUUACGG